AGCCCCCCCCCCCGCCCCUGCAGGGGACGCGCCGGGGCGCACAGGCCGCGCCGCGGCACCUGGGGGCCCCCGGGGCGCGCGCCCUGCGCCCCCCCCCCGCUCCCCGCCGCCGGCCCCAUGGACAGGAACUACCCCAGCGCCGGCUUCGGGGACCCGCUGGGCGCCGGCCCGGGAUGGAGCUACGAGCGCUCGGCCAAGGCCAGCCUGGUGUACGGCGGGUCCCGGACGUCCCAUCCCGACACGGAUAUUCUGCACCGCCAGGCCUACGCCGCCCCCCACCCCCUGCAGGGCUACGCCACGAACCACCACCCCGCAGGUCUCUCCGGGCUCUUCGAGACCGGACUCCAUCACGCCAGCAGCGCCACCCCCGAUGCCUCCGUCAUGAACCUCAUCUCGGCGCUGGAGUCGCGGGCCCCCCAGCCCGGCCCCUCGGCCUCCUCGCUGCUCUCCCAGUUCCGCACCCCCUCCUGGCAGACAGCCAUGCACACGCCAGCCCCGGCUGAGCUCUUCAUCUCGGGCGCCAUCCCCGGCUCGGGCACCUUCCCGUCGUCCUCGGCGCUGUCGGCCUACCAGCACCCGGCCUCCUUCAGCGGGCGCAGCUUCCCGGUCAGCUCCUCACUCAGCCUGCCGGACGCCGCCUUUAGCCCCAGCUCCAACGGGCUGCUGUCCCCACACGACCCGCUGCUGCACAUCAAACCCUCCCAGGCCAGCGUGCCCUCCUCCCUGAGCUUCGAUCGGCUGGGCAGCGCCGUGCUGGGCACAGGGCUGCCCUCCCAGAGCUCGGCCUACCGCAGCGCCCAGGAGUCGGCCUCCCGCCACCUGCCCUCCCAGUUCAACCUGCUCUCGUCCUCCCUGGGGCCCCCCUCGGACCAGUCCUCGCAGCUGUACAACGCCUCCGUCUUCUCCAGCUCACCCGCCGCCUCCAUGGAGCGGGCCAUGCCCCGGCAGGACAGCGUCAUCAAACACUACCAGCGGCCCUCCAGCACCCAGCCCCAGCUGCCCGCUGCCCACUCCCUGCAGCACUACUUGAGCUGCGGGGGCAGCUACCAGCAGAUGUCCCACCGCGCCGGCCUCUCCUGCAGCCCGCUGGGCGAGCCCUCGCCCGCCGGCUCCGAGGGCUCCCAGAAGCCGCCGCAGGCCCCCCGCCAGGAGCCGGGGCAGAGCUACCGGCCCAUCAUCCAGUCGCCCGGCUACUCGGGCGCCGCGGCCGGCUCCUCCUCUAAAUCCAAGAGCUACUCGGCCUCCCGCCAGACCCCCCGCUCCACCGCCACCCCCAAGUGCCAAAGCAGCUUCUCCGUCUCCGUCGCCAAGCCCAGCUCGGUCAUCGCCAGCCAGCCCCAGGCCUACUCGCCUGGCCAGCCCCAGAGCCUGCUGUCCAUGAGCCAGCCCCAGAGCUACGCCGUGAGCCAGCCCCAGAGCCUCUCCUCUGUCAGCCAGGCCUCCCAGUUCAGCGGCAGCCAAGCUCAGGACCUGACCAGCGUCAGCAAGGCGCAGAGCUACGGGACGGGGCAGGCCCAACCUGGGGGGCAGGGCGGGCAGGCCGGGCAGGGGCUGCAGCCCUGCGUGAGCCAGAGCCAGGCCUACUCCCCGGAGCAGCUGCAGGGGCUAUCGACGGUGGGUUACAGCGUCCAGGCCGAGCCCCACGUCUCGGUGAGCCAGACCCCCAGCUACGGGCCGGCCCACUCCCAGGGCAUGCCCACCGCCAGCCCCUCGCUGAGCUACAGCACCGGCCACUCGCCCGCCAUGCCCAGCCACCCGCAGCCCAUCGGCUACGCCCACGGGCAGAGCCUCCCUGACUCCAGCCCGUCGCAGAUCGGCCGGCCCCUGCAGUCGCCCACGGCCGCCCGGCCCCAGAGCGUGAACUCGCCCGGCCAGUCCCAGAAGUACCUGACGUCGGUGCUGUCACCUUCCUUCAUGCAGCCAGCGCACGGGCAGAGCUACCCGGGCGUGGAGCGGGCGGCCUCCUACAGCAAGGCCAAGGCUGAAUCAGACCUGCUGGCGGCUGAGCGGACAGAGGACGAGGAUUUCCUCAUUCAGCACCUGCUGCAGUCCCAGACGCCGCCCCCCCGGGGGCCAGCCGAAGGGCUGGUGCAGUGUGAGGAGCGGGGGGGCAAGGGGCUGGCCUAUGGGGGGCUCAGCAAGUCGGAGGAGCGCUACCACCUGCAGAGCGUCAUCCGCACCAACUCCAGCCUGGACAGCCAGGGCCUGGAGCUCUCCCUGCAGGGCCUGAAGGAGAAGAAGAAAGGGGAGCGGCCCCAUGCCCGCUCCACCCCAGAAGCGCUCGCCACUUCCGUGGUGCAUUACAGCCACCAGGCCGGCUCCAUGGAGAGCUAUGCCCAGGACAUGAAGAAGUCGGUGGAGCACCUGCAAGCCGGGGCCAAGGACCUGGGCCAGGCCCACUCCUACCUGCAGAAGACCCCCGAGCACGGCCCCCAGCCCCACCGCAUGGUGGGCGAGCCCCCGCCCAUGGAGCUGCUGCCUGGCCAGCAGGGGGCACCGCUCCUGCUGGACUCGUCCCCCGACCUGCCCCAGCUCUCCCUUCCCCCCCAGCAGCAGCAGCAGUCCCAGCUGCUGCAGUCGGUGCUGACGCACACCCAGAGCCAGCUGCAUCCCCGGGCCAAGGUGCACCUGCUGGAACCCCAGCGCCUCCACCCACCCGAGCCCCCCUCGCCCCAGCUGCAGCUGCAGGCUCUGGAGGCCCACCUGCACCAAGCGCACGUGCGCUCGCAGGGCCUGGACCCCCAGCAGUCGCCCCAGCUGCAGGGCCAGCUGCAGGCCGAGAACAUGGAGGUGCUGGGCCAGUCCCAGGAGAUCCAGGACUUCCUGGAGCCUGACCUGAGCCUGGAGUCCCACCUGGGCCAGGGCGGAGCCGGCCUGGAGCCCGACUCCUCCCAGCAGGUGCCCCAGGCCCAGCUGGAGGCCAAGGACCAGUUUGAGAGCCCCAGCCCACAGGGCUCCAAGCAGCGCUUCGUGCCCCUCACCUCCAUUUGCUUCCCGGACUCGCUGCUGCAGGACGAGGACCGCAGCUUCUUCCCCGGCAUGGAGGACAUGUUCGGGCCGGGGGCCUGCGGCCCCGACGACUUCCCCAAGCCGGGCUGCGGGGAGGACGAGCCCCCCAGCCUGGAGCGGGCCGAGGGCCUGAAGGGCGGGGCUGGCGGCUAUGACAUGCUGCCGGCCGGCCAGGGCUACCAGGGCUACUGCCCUGGCGAGGGCGGGGACGGCUCCCACCUGGCCAUGGAGCCGGUCAAACACGAGCUGCCCUCCACCGUCAACGCCGAGCCACUGGGGCUGAUCCAGGCGGGCCACGGUGGGCCAGAGGGGGCUGCCAAGCCUGGCCUCACCUCCCCCAUCUUCUGCUCCUCCAAGCCCAAGAAGCUGCUGAAGACCACCUCCUUCCACCUGCUCAAGAAGCGGGACCCCCCGUUCCAGCCCCCCAAGAAGGCCUACGCCCAGGAGUACGAGUUCCAGGACGAUGAGGACAAGGUCGACGUGCCGGCCGACAUCCGCCUCAACAGCCGGCGCCUGCCCGACCUGCUGCCCGACCUCAUCUCCAGCUGCCGGACCCGGCCCAGCCUCGGCCCCAUGGGCGACAUCGACUUCUGCCCCCACCACAGCGCCGCCGACGGCCCCAAGAAGCGGGGCCGCAAGCCCACCAAGCCCAAGCGGGACGGGCCCCCUCGGCCCCGUGGCCGGCCCCGCAUCCGGCCCCUGGCCGAGCCCCACGGUGUCCUGCCCCCCGAUGGCGCCAAGAAGCCCCGGGGCAGAGGGCGGGGGCGGGGGAAAAAGGGGGGCGAGGAGGGGGGCGAAGGAGGGGCUGGCGUGGAGCCCCUCAAGCCGCUCAAGAUCAAGCUGGCGGUGCCCAAGGGCGGCGAGGGGGCCCCGGCAGAGCCGGCCCCCUCCGGGCCGGCACCCCCCGAGGCCGGGCUGGACAGCAGCCAGACGCGGGAGAAGAUCAAGGCGAAGAUCCGGGAAGUGGAGGAGAAGCAGCCGGAGAUGAAGUCGGGCUUCAUGGCCUCCUUCCUGGACUUCCUCAAGUCGGGCAAGCGGCAGCAGCUGCCCACGGCCGCCACCAGCCCCCCCAAGACCCCGCGGCCCCCCGCCACCCAGCCCCCCUUCGGCCUGGCGCCCCCCCUGCUGCCGGGGGCGCUGGACGGGGCCGAGGGCGAGGGGCUCGUCAUGAGCUGCACCAGCCCCUGCAAGCGGCUGGACGAGGAGCUGAAACGCAACCUGGAGACGCUGCCCUCGUUCUCCUCCGACGAGGAGGACUCGGUGGGCAAGAACCAGGACCUGCAGAAGAGCAUCUCCUCUGCCAUCUCCGCCCUGGACGACCCGGCCGAGCGCAAGGAGGGCGACGGGGCCGAUGCCCCCACGGCGGAGGAGAAGCUGCCCAGCCCGGCCCCCUCCGAGGCUUCCCAGCAGGAGCCCCCCCCGGCUGCCUCCCCGGCCUCACCCCCUGAGCCCCCCCUGCCGCCCCCCGCGGGGCCCCCAGCCCAGGCCUCCCCUGAGCUGGAGGAGCCGGAGGACGCGCGACCCCUGCACCUGGCCAAGAAGCAGGAGACGGCAGCUGUGUGCGGCGAGACGGACGAGGAAGAGACCGAGAGCGGAGGGGAAGGGAUCUUCCGGGAACGCGACGAGUUUGUCAUCCGCGUGGAGGACAUCCAGGCCCUCAAGUUGGCGCUGCAGACGGGCCGGGAGCCGCCCCCCAUCUGGCGGGUGCAGAAAGCCCUGCUGCAGAAAUUCACCCCCGAGAUCAAGGACGGGCAGCGGCAGUUCUGUGCCACCAGCAAUUACCUGGGUUAUUUCGGGGACGCCAAGAACCGCUACCAGCGUCUCUACGUGAAGUUCCUGGAGAACAUCAACAAGAAGGAUUAUGUACGUGUCUGCUCCAAGAAGCCCUGGCACCGGCCGCUGCAGGCUGUGAGGAGGCAAAACCAGCCCAAGACUUCGGGCCCCAAGGUCACGGCCCCGCCCAAGGCCGAGAAGCAGACGGAGGCGUCGGAGCGGGCGGAGAAGCCGGAGAAGGGCCCCAAGCUGGAGAAGGGCCCCAAGCCGGAGAAGGGCCCCAAGCCGGACAGGCCCCCCAAGGCAGAGCGGGCCGAGAAGCUGCCCCGGGCGGACAAGUCGGGCAAGGCCGACAAGGCCCCCAAAGCGGAGAAGGUGGAGCCCCCAGCACCUGCCCCCCCCAAGGCCAGCCCGGCCGGCGGCCCCAAGCCAAAGCCCGCCAAGGUGAAGGCAGAGCCGCCCCCGAAGAAGAGGAAAAAAUGGCUGAAGGAACUGGCGUCAUCCUCAGACUCGGAGUCCAGCCCGGAGCAGCAGAGCGAGGAGGAGGAGCGGGUGCCAAUGGGCCGGGUGUUGAACACGCGGGCGAUGAAGGAAAUGUACCGGAGCUACGUGGAGAUGCUGGUCAGCACGGCCCUCGACCCCGACAUGAUCCAGGCCCUGGAGGACACCAACGACGAGCUGUACCUGCCCCCCAUGCGCAAGAUCGAUGGGAUCCUGAACGACCACAAGAAGAAGGUCCUGAAGCGGGUGUCACUGCACCCGGCGCUGCAGGAGGCGCUGCACACCUUCCCACAGCUGCAGGCGGAGCCGGGCGAGGCGCUGGUGAGGCUGCGCCCCACAGGGCAGCCCUACAACCGCAAGACCCUCAACAAGCUGAAGAAGAGCGUGUCCAAACCCCAGGAGUUCAAGGUCGACGUGGAAAAGUCGUUUUUCUUCACCCUGUACCAUUCCCUCCAUCACUACAAAUACCACACCUUCCUGCGCUGCAAGGACGAGACGUCGGCCAUCGAGGGGCAGGACGCGGACCUGGGCCAGGAGGAGGUGGUCCAGCAGUGCAUGCGGAACCAGCCCUGGCUGGAAAAGCUCUUUGACUCCUUCAGCGACCUCCUGACACAAGCCCAGACCAAGUGCGCGUGACCCCGCCGCCGGCUCCCCCUCCUCUGCGGUGCAGGCCCCGCCCCCCCGGGCCAGGGAGGGCUUCGGACCGAGGGCCCGUGGGGGGGGGGCGUGUUGGAGGUCCCGCUCCCCGCCCGCCGUUGGUGGUGGUGAUCUCCAGGACAGACCCCCACACACACACGCACCCACCUUGGCUCGGGGUGGCUGUGGCCCUGGGAGAGGGGAACAUGCCCAGGGGUGAGGGUGGCCCUGGGGUCUAUGGCCCUGCCCCCCCCCCAUUUCCCCCUCCCAUACAGAGAAAUUUUAUUUAUAUAUAUAUGUAUAAAUGUCUAUUUAGCAGCUUCCUUUCUCUGUAUGGGGAUGGGGGGAGCCCCCCCCACGGCUGGGGAAGCCCACAGGGCAUAGGGGGGACUGGUUAGAGAAGGGGGGGGGCGGGUGAUGGGUUAGGGAACCAGGACUCCUGGGUUCCAUCCCCAGCUCUGGGAGGGGAACAGAGUCGGGGGGGGCGGGGAAUUCGGAACCCAGACUGCUGGGUUCCGUGCUUAGCACACCCACCUUGUCCCCUCGGUCCCCCGUUCUUGCCCACCCUCCCCCCGCAGCAGCGUAAUGACCCACCUCCCUACAGGGAGGCUAUAAAGUAUUAUUGCUGCCCCCCGCCCCCAAAGGCUGAGCAGGGAAUUGGCUGGUCAGGGGGCGACUGAAGGCAACCCCCCCGCCUCCCCCAUGGCAUGGCCAGGGCCCCUCCCCAAUUUCCCCCCCACCCCCCCAUGUGGUGGUCUGGUUCCCCACUCAGAGCUAUUUAUUGCCAAGCCCAGGGGAGGGGAGCCAGCCCCCCCAGAGUAUAGCUCCCCAUCUGUGUCCGGGGGGGCAGCCAAUGAGUCCGUGUGCUUCCCCCAGGGCGGGUGGGGGCAGAUUCCACGUACCCCCCCAAUGACUAUUUAAUCCUUCUCUUAGGCCGUGUUUUGGAGGGUCCGGGGGGGGUUCGUCCCCCCUUGGGGGUGGGGGUUGUUAUUUUUGUCGUUGUGUGUUUUUGUUUUGUUUUUUUAUCAGCGGAUUUUCUUGUACAUAAUGUAUAGGGUCAAAGUCUAUGUAUCAUAUUGUAUUUGGCUAACGGACACCCCCGCGGAGACCCCCCAGACCUCCCCCCAUCCCCCCCUUAGCUGGGAAAUUCUUCAGCUUGGAUGAACUUCGGGGGGGGUCCUGAGUUUUGGGGCGUCGUUAUUAUAAUAAUUAUAUAGACAAUUUGAGGGGGGGUUAGGCCCCAAUCCCCUCCCCACCCCACACCAAAACUGAAUUUUUUUAACCCUGGAUACAAAAUCCAGCCUAGACUAGUGAGAUUUAGUCAGGGCUCUUCCCCCCCCCCCCCGGACUCCCCAUUUUCUAGCCUGUCACCCCUCUGCAGCCUCUCCUCACCCCUGUGGACUAGAUCCAGGAGGGGGGAUGGUCUGCCUGUGACCCCCCCACCCCCUGUGGCCUCCUCCCCACUUUCUGGGGGGGAAUUCAAGGUACUUUAGGGGGAGGGGGGUUGCCCCAGACUGGGAGCUGAAUUGGGGCCCUGCCCCUUGGGGGGUGCCCUGUACUCCUUCCCCUGCCCCACCCGGGAGUCCCCCCAACAAAUCCUGCUACAGCUGGAUUUUUUUUAAAUUCAUUCUUUGACCCCUCUUGGGUUGGGGGGGGAGAAAGGGGGAUUCCUUGAUUCACCCCCUUUUUUGGGGCACCCCCCUUUCUGCUAUUGACCCUUUGGGAUCAGUUGUUUCUGGCGCUGGGAUAUUCGGUGCCACCCCCAAAUCUCGGGGCGGGGGGAGGACAGCCCGAAACCAGCUCCCUUCACCCUGAGCUGAGAGGGAUUCCAGCACCCCCGGUGGGGGAGAAUUUGGGGUGAUUCCCCCCUCACAUCCAACAGCCCGGUGUCUCUGGUGUCCUGGGGAGGGGGCUGUGGCCAUCGAGGGGGGGCCCCCAGUCCCAUGCCCUGUAGCCCCCACGAGGGGGCACAGCCAGGACCCCCCCAAUACUGGAACCUAUGCUAAAGCACUAAACUGUAUUUGUGGGGUGGGAUACCCCAGAGCUGGCCAAACUCCAGGUACCCUGAAGCGUGGGGAGCUGUGAGACCCCCCCACCCUGCCCCAGAGCUAACCCUUUGGUCUAAGGCCCCCCUAAUCCUGCCGCCCCCCAGCCCCCUCGUUUUUUACGCUGUGUACUCUGUGUCCGUGGGUUUUGCGGCCGGGAAUGUGGUCUGUAUGGAUGUUCCGAUAUAUUUUUAUUGUUUA